CCUCCAUACACAACCAUACAAACCUUCUUCACCACCAAAGCUUACACCAGAGAAAAUGAAGGUUCACACGCUAGAGACCACCAUUGUUAAGCCUGUCCAUCAUGAUCGUCGCCGGUUGUGGCUGUCCAACUUGGACCUCCUGCACGGCAGGAUCCACCUGCCCACGGUCUACCUCUUCAGGCCUGCAGGCGACCACGACGACGACGUGAGCAGCAGCGUGGCGUCGAAGCAGAAGGGUUACUUCGACACCAAGCUGCUGAAGGAGGCGUUGAGUCGAACCCUCGUCACGUUCUACCCCCUGGCGGGGAGGCUGGCGAGGGGAGACGAGGAAGGGGGCAGAGUGGAGGUGGACUGCAAUGGGGAAGGCGUGCUGUUCAGGGAAGCCGAGGCGGAUGCCUCGUUGGACGAGCUCGGCGAGUUCAUGCCUGGAGCCGAGCUUCUCAAGCUGGUGCCUAGGGUGGAUUACUCACAAGGGAUAUCUUCUUACCCUUUGGUGGUUCUUCAGGUCACGAGGUUCAAGUGUGGAGGAGUGAGCCUUGGAACCGGUAUCCAUCACAGCCUGGCCGACGGGGAAUCAGCUCUGAGCUUCAUCAACACAUGGUCCAACAUGGCUCGGGGUCUUCCCCCAGCCGUUUCACCGUUCCUGGACCGCACUAUUCUUCGAGCGAGGAACCCACCUUCCCCGAAAUUUCACCACUCCGAGUACGACCCAGCCCCAACCCUGAUCAACAACCCGAACCAACCGGAAAACCCUUCGAAAAAACCCACUACCAUGGCCAUCCUCAGGUUCAAACCAGAAGAGCUCAAUGCCCUGAAAGAGCUGGCAAACCCUGGCACGAAUGAAUCAAAGGUCAGAUACAGCACGUACCAGAUCCUGACGGCUCACAUUUGGCGCUGCGUGAGCAAGGCACGCGGCCUUGCUGAUGAUCAGCCGACGAGGCUGCACAUGUCGGUCGAUGGUAGGUCGAGGUUGAACCCGCCGGUUCCUUCGGGGUACUUCGGCAAUGUAAUUUUCCAUGCCACUCCAAUUGCCACAGUUGGGGAGCUUGUUAAGGAGCCAAUGGUUAGGACCUUGGAGAGGAUCAGGCAGGCGAUCAAUAGGAUGGACGAUGAGUACCUGAGAUCGGCUAUUGAUUACUUGGAGGACCCUGAUGACCCAGCUAGCGUGAUGCAAGUUCCGGGGACUUGUCAAUCGCCGAAUUUGAAGAUCAUUAGUUGGAUACGGCUGCCUUUUGAGUAUGGUGAUUUCGGGUGGGGGAAGCCGUUGUAUUGUCGUCCUGCAAAUUUGUUCGAAGGGAAAGGAAACCUUCUCCCCAGGAAUGCUGAUGGGAGUCUUUCCCUAGCGAUUUGCCUCGAGGAGGAUGCUAUGGUGGCAUUUCAGAAGCUGGUUCAUGAUGUUGGUAGUUGUUGAUGAUCAUUGUUGUAAUUGUUGCCUUAUUCUGUCUCUGUACCAUCAUUUCAAACUAGUAAACCUCUGUUCUAUGGUAUGGAAGUUUCAACCUUCUCCAUUAGCUGCAGAAAGAGCAACAACACGAAAAAGAAUAGAAUCC